GAAAGUACUGUGGGUUUGGCUUUCAAAUGGAUGGUUUAAUUACUUCAAAAAGUAAUGAAGUCACAGUACAGUUCAUGAGUGGAACACACACUUCUGGACGUGGGUUUCUUGCAGCUUACUCAACCACUGACAAAUCAGACCUAAUUACCUGUUUAGACAAUGCAAGUCACUUUUCCGAACCAGAAUUCAAUAAGUAUUGUCCAGCUGGAUGUGUGAUUCCUUUUGCUGAUAUUUCAGGCACUAUUCCCCAUGGAUACAGAGAUUCAUCAUCACUUUGUAUGGCUGGUGUUCACGCAGGCGUUGUGUCAAAUACUCUGGGUGGCCAAAUUAAUGUUGUAAUCAGCAAGGGCAUUCCAUACUAUGAAGGCUCCCUGGCGAACAACGUCACCUCAAAAGUGGGACCAUUAUCUACAAGUCUCUUCACGUUUAAGACGAGCGGUUGCUAUGGAACACUGGGGAUGGAGUCUGGGGUAAUCCCCGAUUCCCAGAUCACGGCAUCAUCUGUUCUUGAGUGGUCUGACCAAACAGGACAAGUGAACAUCUGGAAACCUGAAAAUGCCAGGCUAAAAAGGGUUGGUCCUCCUUGGGCUGCUUUUAUCAGUGAUGAACAUCAGUGGUUGCAGAUUGACUUGAAUAAAGAAAAGAGAAUAACAGGUAUUAUAACUACUGGAUCAACCUUAGCAGAGUACUACUAUUACGUCUCAGCCUACAGAAUUUUAUACAGUGAUGAUGCACAGAAAUGGACAGUAUACAGAGAACCUGGCAUGGACAAAGAUAAGAUAUUUCAAGGGAACACUGAAUUGUACCAGGAAGUUCGCAAUAAUUUCAUUCCACCUGUUAUUGCACGUUUUUUUAGGAUCAACCCCUUAAAAUGGCACCAGAAAAUUGCAAUGAAAGUAGAAUUGCUAGGAUGUCAGUUUAGCAUAGGCCGUGCUCCUAAAAUCACCGUGCCACCACCACCUCCUCAGCACAAGAAUGAUGACUUCAGUGACGAUUUCAUUCAUUCAGUGAAGACUUCGUUGCAGACAGAUAAAACAACUUUCACACCUGAAAUAAAAAACACCACAGUGACUCCAAGUGUAACCAAAGAUGUGGCAUUGGCAGCAGUUCUGGUUCCAGUGCUGGUGAUGGUCUUCACUACUCUGAUUCUUAUCUUAGUUUGUGCGUGGCAUUGGAGAAACCGCAAGAAAAAAACGGAGGGCACUUACGAUCUACCUUACUGGGAUCGGGCAGGAUGGUGGAAAGGAAUGAAGCAGUUUCUCCCGACCAAAUCAGCAGAACAUGAAGAAACUCCCGUACGCUACAGCAACAGUGAAAUUAGUCACCUCAGACCAAGGGAAGUCCCAACAAUGCUGCAAACGGAGUCUGCAGAGUACGCUCAGCCACUGGUGGGGGGAAUUGUUGGCACGCUUCAUCAGAGAUCAACCUUUAAACCAGAGGAAGGAAAAGAAGCAAGUUACGCCGAUUUGGACCCUUACAAUUCACCCGUACAAGAAGUUUACCAUGCGUAUGCUGAACCACUGCCUAUAACUGGACCAGAAUAUGCAACUCCAAUAAUCAUGGACAUGUCCAGCCAUCCCAGCACACCUCUUGGCGUUCCUUCCAUUUCCACCUUCAAGGCUGCAGGGAACCAAGCUCCUCCUCUGGUUGGAACUUACAAUAAACUCUUAUCUAGGACAGAGAGCACGUCAUCAGCACAGGCACUGUACGAUACACCGAAGGGGCAGCCGGGGCCGGGUGCCACUGCCGAAUUGGUGUACCAGGUACCACAGAGUGUGGCCCAUUCCACUGGGAGUAAGGAUGAACUAAGUUAGCUCACGAGUAAGGUAGAAUGAUGGCUUGUUUUUAAAAGCCAGUUCCAUAAAGCUGACAAUUUCAUUUUUUAAAUUGCAUUGUUUUGAUAUUGUUAGUCUUAAAUAAUACAGUGUUGAACCAAAAGAUGUGGUAUUGGAGGACUGGGAAACCAGUCUGCCUUUCCUUAAGCUGUAUGCAUAAUUACAGCUUGUCUCCUGCAAAACCGUGGGUAUUUUUAUUACUACUGUACAAUUGUCGGUCAGACAUGAGAGAAGAACUCUUCAAGAUUAGCUUCAGUAAUUCAUAGAUGUGAAUGAUGAAUUGGAAGAAACAGUUUAAAGUACGAAAGCCGAUAAUUUCUUGCUAAUGGUACUAUUUCUAGGGAGGGAAAAAAACCCCAAAGCUCCUACUUUU